UCUCUUAGCUUCCUCCCUCUUCCUUCAAUCUUUUCUGCACAAACAAAUGCAACAACUUAAUUAGGGUUACACCAAACCCUAUUAUUUCAAAUCUCCAAAAAAUACUAAUUAAUUUAAUUAAUUAAAAUGGCGCAAAAUAUCAAAACGAUCAAGUACUUCCACCGGAAGUUCGUCCAAGAAGAGCAGACGGCGCCGGAGGACGUUAAGGAAGCUUUCGCCACGUUCGCGGAGGGCGGCGACACCAUGUCCGCCGGCCAGCUUCGCGAAUUCGUGGACAAGGUUCAGUGCCAACCGCAAUACACCGUCGAGGAGUGUGAGCGGAUCAUGGAGACCUUCUUGAGAUCGCGAAGGGACGAAAGUGAUAAUGAUGAGAACAACAAGAAGAAGAAAAAGGGCGGCGACGGCGACGGUAAUGACAAUGGUGGUUGUUGUUUCACCCUCGAAGAAUUCUUCCAGUUCUUGUAUUUUGAUGAAUUCAAUGCUCCUCUCUCUCCUGAGGUAUGAUUGUGCUUUCUGUCUCUUAUCAUUCUUUUCAAAUGCUUAUUGUUUGGUCAAAAAUUACAUAGGA